AUGAACCACAUCACUCUUUCGGAUGAUGGUCAAACUGCUACGAUUGGCGGGGGUGCAAAUGUGAAAGAAGUCGUGGAGGCACUUACGCGUUUAGGAAAACGAACAGUAACCGGCUUCUGCGAGCUCGUCGGAUUCUCCGCGCCCACUCUCGGGGGUGGUCAUGGUUGGCUUCAGGGCCAAUACGGACUCAUGGCCGAUCAGGUAAUUUCCGCCCGCCUCUUGCUGCCUUCUGGCGAACUGGUCACUGUAUCGGAGAAAACUCAUCCGGAUUUAUUUUGGGCCAUCCGAGGCGCGGGACAUAAUUUCGGGUUGGUGAUGGAAUGGGAAUAUCGUGUUUAUGAUGAUAAUGCCCCAUUAUGGUCUUAUGAAAUCUUUAUUUAUUCAGGAGAUAAGCUUGAGGCUCUCUAUGAAGAGGCCAAUAGAUUAUUGCGAGAUCAACCAGCGGAGCUGGUUCAUUGGGGAUAUAUUAUCAAGGUUGCAGAGAUUGAUCCAGAUCAUCCGGUUCUGUGGUUCGGUAUUGUCUACAACGGUUCUCCCGAAAUAGCCAAUCGAUAUGCCAAACCAUUCCAUGACAUCGGACCACUUAGUGUACAGACUGAUCUGGGAUCACUCCAUGAUCUCGCCGUCGUCACAUUUCAAGACGCAGAUGGUCCAGGAUGCGCUUACGGGAUGACAUCCCUCCGCUACCCUAUCGGACUGAAAUCAUACAAUGUGACGGCCGUCAGACAGGUAUACAACGAGAUCGACUCAACAUUCCGCAAAGUUCCAGAGAUAGCUGGCUCAUUUUUCUUACUCGAAGGCUACUCGACUCAUGCAGUUAAAGCCAUCGAUGCAGCAAGCACGGCGUUUCCGCACCGAGAUGAUAACAUCUUGGUGACAUCGUACGUCAUGUAUGCGCCUGACUCGAACAUCGACCCGAUAGCAAAGGAAUUUGGCGAAAAGCUUCGAAAAUACUUGCUAGAUGGAAGUGAGGACCCAGAACAUCUCCGCGCCUACGUCAACUAUGCCGAUGGCGAUGAGUCUUUACAGGCGAUCUAUGGGUGGGAGACAUGGAGACUGGAGAGAUUGAAGAAACUUAAAGCUCAGUGGGACCCUAAGAAUACCAUGCGGUAUUAUGUUCCUAUUGAACAGAACAUCAACUAG